CCCCCUUCCAGCAGGAGGUGAGGAAAGGGGACGGAAGAACGCACACCGGGUCGGUGGCCCGGUCGGAUCCGCCCGCCCGCGGAACGGAUCGAAGCCACCGGCCUCACCGCCUCGCGUCGCGUCGCCGCGCCGAGCUCGAAUCGGACGCCGAGAUCGGUGCGGAUUCCCUCGCCCCUUGCCCGAUAAGCGGCGGGAGGGUGGUGGCCCGGUCGAUCUCGCCGCGGGAGGUGCCCAACUACCUGCCGAUUUGGGGGAUUCGGGUGCGUGCUUGGGCUUGGUGUGGUGGCGUGGGCUCGCCGGCGGCGGGUGGCGGAGCUAGGGUUUGGGUUUGGGCGGGCGCGAUGACGCGCCGGGUGCGGCGGAGGACGUGCAGGGAGAGGGAGGGAAGGGUGGUGCGGAGCUCGUCGCGCGCGGGCUCGGCGGGGGUGGAGGAUGAGGAGGACGCGCCCGCCGCGGAGCUGGACUGGAAGGCACUGCCGGACGACACGAUGCUGCAGCUGUUCGCGCGGUUGAACUACCGCGACCGCGCCAGCAUGGCGGCGGCGUGCCGGGCGUGGCGGGCGCUGGGCUCGUCUCCCUGCCUGUGGAGCGAGCUCGACCUCCGCGCGCACCGCUGCGACCGGGAGGUGGCAUCGUCGCUCGCCGAGCGGUGCGGGAGCCUGCGCCGGCUGCGCCUGCGCGGGCACGAGGCGGUCGAGGCCGUCCCUGGCCUCCGAGCGCGCGGGCUCCGCGAGGUGGUGGCCGAUGGCUGCCGCGGGCUCACGGACGCCACGCUCGCCGUCCUCGCCGCGCGGCACGAGGACCUCGAGCGUCUCCAGAUCGGGCCCGACCCUCUCGAGCGCAUCUCCAGCGACGCCCUCCGCCAGGUCGCGCUCUGCUGCUCGCGUCUCCGCCGCCUGCGCCUCUCGGGUCUCCGUGAAGCCGACGCUGGUGCCGUCGGAGCACUCGCCCGCUACUGCCCCCUCCUCGAGGACGUGGCUUUCCUUGACUGCGGCACUGUCGAUGAGGCUGCCCUCGCUGGCAUCCACUCUCUCCGGUUCCUCUCCGUUGCAGGAUGCCGAAGCCUGAAAUGGGCUACUGCAUCCACCUCCUGGACCCAGCUUCCCUCCCUUAUUGCAAUUGACGUCUCCCGCACUGAUGUCCCCACAAAUGCUAUCUCUCGCCUCAUCUCCAAUUCCAAAACCCUCAAGCUUAUAUGCGCUCUCAACUGCAUUUCUGUCGAGGAGGAACUGGUUCAAGAUCCUUCUGUAUUUAGAAACACCAAGGGCAAGCUCGUGCUAACCGUCAAAAGCCACAUCUUUAAAUCUAUCACCACCAUGUUUCCUGGUGUGGAUGUGAAAGAGCACGAGGUGUUCAAUCAGUGUAACUGGAGGCACAAUGGCAUAGCUGGUGAUACAAUGACCUGGCUUGAGUGGAUCCUGUCGCAGUCACUUCUGCGAAUUGCAGAGUCCAACCCACAAGGCAUGGAUGAGUUCUGGCUGCAGCAGGGCACCGCACUCCUGCUUAGACUAUUGAAAAGUUCGCAGGAGGAUGUGCAGGAGCGUGCAGCUACUGCCCUUGCUACAUUUGUAGUUAUGGAUGAUGAGAGUGCGAAUGUGGAUCCUGCAAGGUCGGAGGCGGUGAUGCAGAAUGGGGGCAUCCGAAUGUUACUGGACCUUGCAAGGUGCUCAAGGGAGAGUGCACAGUCAGAAGCAGCUAAAGCUAUUGCCAACUUGUCAGUGAAUACCAAGGUUGCCAAGGCAGUUGCAGAUGAAGGUGGUAUUGCAAUACUCACUAGUUUGGCUAAGUCGAUGAAUAGGCUUGUUGCUGAAGAGGCUGCUGGUGGCCUUUGGAAUCUCUCUGUGGGUGAAGACCACAAGGCGGCUAUUGCUGUAUCUGGCGGUAUCAAGGCCCUGGUCGAUCUAAUAUAUCGUUGGCCUGCUGGAACUGAUGGAGUUCUUGAACGGGCUGCUGGUGCUCUUGCAAACCUGGCUGCUGAUGACAAGUGUAGCUUGGAAGUUGCAAAGGCUGGUGGUGUCCAUGCUUUGGUUACACUUGCUCGAUCAUGUAAACUCGAGGGUGUCCUAGAACAGGCUGCCAGAGCUUUAGCUAACUUAGCUGCACACGGAGACAACAAUGACAACAAUGCUGCUGUAGGUCAGGAAGCAGGUGCUCUGGAGGCACUAGUGCAACUAACAGGUUCUCAAAAUGAGGGUGUAAGACAAGAAGCUGCUGGUGCUUUGUGGAACCUGUCAUUUGAUGACAGAAACCGUGAGGCCAUUGCUGCAGUGGGUGGUGUUGAAGCUCUGGUUUCCCUAGUGCAACAGUGUUUGAAUGGUUCAGAAGGCCUUCAAGAGAGAGCUGCUGGCGCAUUAUGGGGCCUAUCUGUUUCAGAAGCUAACAGUAUUGCAAUAGGACAGGGUGGUGGAGUUGCACCUUUGCUCACAUUGGCACGCUCUGAGGUUGAAGAUGUUCAUGAGACAGCUGCAGGGGCAUUGUGGAACCUUGCCUUUUAUUCUGGUAAUGCUCUCCGCAUAGUUGAAGAAGGUGGGGUACCUGUUCUUGUAAGCAUUUGCUCGACAUCAGGGUCAAAAAUGGCCCGCUUCAUGUCUGCACUAGCCCUCGCCUAUAUGUUUGAUGGAAGAAUGGAUGAAGUUGCUUUGGUUGGGACAUCCUCAGAUAGCAGUUCCAAAAGUGUUAAUGUUGAGGGAGCUAGAAGAAUAGCAUUUAAGCAUAUAGAGACUUUUGUGCUCACUUUCUCAGAUCCACAAAUGUUCUCUGUGGCUGCUACCUCCUCGGCACCGGCAGCGCUGUCUCAGGUUGCUGAAGUAGUGUUCAUACAUGAAGCAGGACACCUGAGAUGCAGCGGUGCCGAGAUUGGUAGAUUUGUUGCCAUGCUUCGGAAUCCCUCACCAAUUCUUCGUGCUUGUGCUGCCUUUGCCCUUCUUCAGUUCACAAUCCCAGGAGGUCGGCAUGCUGUGCACCAUGCGGGUCUCUUACAGAAAGCAGGAGCAGGUCGAGUGUUGCGUGCAGCAGCGGCAGCAACAACAGCUUCUAUUGAAGCUAAAAUCUUUGCAAGGAUUGUCCUCAGGAACUUGGAGCACCAUCAGUCAGGGAUGUCAACAUGAAUGCACAGGGGAGGCGUCCUCCCAUCCUCCAACAACGGCACCUUUGUUGAAGGGCUGAAACGCUGCGUGGCCAGUGCAGAAUCACAACAUCUUAGCUUUGUGCAGACAAGUGACUAGAGGAGAGCUCCGCAGCCACCAAAGGAAGAGCCCCAGCCAUGAAGUGACCUAAUGAAAUCAAUUAGGUGGCGGCCCUUCCCUUGCUGAUGUUUAAGGUUGAGCGUGCAAUUUUCUCGUGAUUAUUUCGUGUGUACAAGUAGCAACUUAAAAGAACUUUUAGCGUCGAUGCCGGCAUAUAGAUUUAAGUUAUGGAUAUUUAUCAUUUGUUGAUUAGUGUUGAGGUGCGUGGCGACUUGGGCUAUCCGUCCUGUUGCAACAUACAUGUAACUUUGUAAAUGCACUGAUUGUUGUUAUACAUUUUCUUCCCCAUGAUU